CAACACUUGAUACAUCCCAUUUCUCAACCAUUUCUACGUGCGUAAUUGUACAAUAAUUUUCCUCAACUACUUUUGUACUUUUGAAUUCUCAACAGAGAGUUUUGGAUGCUCUCAUUCUUUCCAAUUGGUGGUUGAAUGUGUACACUGCCCCACCUGGAAUUCCCCCCGCGAUCGGCAUACAGUUGGGAAUAACCCUGAUUCCAGCAGGUCCCUGAACAGACCACCAGUUUCCAGCAAUUCCUCAAGACAUACUCAACACCACCAUAAUUGUGAUCUAGGUGUCGCCUGUGGAUUGUGAGAAGUGCCACAGCUAUUUCCAAUUCUGCAUCCAACUCUGGGAGACUGAAGACAAAACAAGGGCAGAUCGGACCAUCAACAGAUAUACACCUCCAGCCCUGUGGUUGAACACCUUGUACAACACCACACCAGCAAUAGUAACUUGUACAGCGAGGGACUUCUCAGACAUUCUGCUGCAGGAUCCUUUCAAUGUUCAUGCAAUUCACGACAUAGACCCCGCAUCAUCCACCCACAGCAAUACUUGUUCUGCUCGUACUGCAUCAUCGUCAUCUGCAGAAUCAUUGGGUCCCACAUCCCAUCCUCCAUCCAGCUUCUUCAACACAGCACAGCUCCAGCUUCACGGACGGGCAACUCACGGGUAACAUCCUCUCACCCAUCUACCGCUGUUGCGCUGCACCGACCAGCCCCUUCCCCUUCCCCUUCCCCCUUGGGCUCCACCCAAUACACAUCCAAUACAGACCCACCAGCUCGGACACUUUCUGGUGUGCUGCUGCCAUUCAGCUUGUCAGUGGUCCAGAAAAUCAAGCUUCAAGGAUUCAGGCAUUGAAAAUCAAUCUCCUUCCUGUUCAGCUCAUCCAGGACAACCAGCUAUUGGCAGCAUCGGGCAGUGCUCUUUUUCUAAACACAAACGUUACUUGGCCCACAAAACCACACCUUAACCCCGAGGACAAGACCCUAAAGGAGCUACCAACCACAGCCUAGAGCAUCAUCGUACAGCGCCGUAGCCUACCACCCGAACUGCCGCCACUAUGGUUCGCAUCAUCCUCCCCAACCGACUGAAAUCAUACGCCAGUGGUAACAACAGUCGGAGUACCAGUCCAAAUCCAAGUAUGAAGAGAUCAAACACCUCGGGAUCCAGCACGGAAGAUACGAAAGUCAAUGGAUUGGUAUUGAAAGUUGUAGCACUGCGGGUAAGUGGAUGACGUUGAGUAGAUGUGGUGGGCAACGUGCUGAUUUAGAUGGCACAUAGGCCAGAGACCUUGCUGCAAAGGACAAAAGUGGCACAUCGGAUCCAGUGAGUACUUGUAACCCUUCACAAUAGGCGUGCAUUCUAAUUUGAGCCUUCUAGUAUCUCGUCCUUACCCUCGGAGACGUCAAGAAUGCGACUCAGCCGGUCCAGAAGACAUUGAAUCCGGAGUGGAACGUGAUAGUCCAAUUCCCCGUCACUUCUAUCAAUAGCUUGCUUCUGGAUUGUGUUUGCUGGGACAAGGACCGAUUUGGAAAGGAUUACUUGGGAGAGUUCGACUUAUCUCUCGAGGAGAUCUUCUACAAUGGCGAGCCGGAACAGGAACCGAGAUGGUACACGCUCAAGAGCAAGCGACCAGGUGGAAAGAAGACCAGCGAUGUUUCUGGUGAUGUGCAGCUAUCGUUCACACUCUUUGAUUCCACCAACCUAUCAGCUACACCAGCCCAAGUAAUGGAGAAAUUUCGCACGUUGACCGGAGCCGAUAUUUCAGAUGGUAACACACCAACACCGCGAGUUAGAAACAAUGGGGAGGGUGAUGGAGAAGAAGGCGACGAGUAUUUCGAUGAAGAUGAAGAACCAAGCGACGAGACCGAUGAUCCUACCAAACCAGAAAAUGCUGAGAAGAGACGACGUAAGUUGAGACUUCGUGGUCUGCGAAAAAAGAAGCAAGCCAGUGCCUACGAGUUCAAUAGCGAAAGUGAGGUGGUUGGAAUAGUCUUCUUGGAAAUUGGCAGUAUUACAGAUCUACCCCCCGAGCGCAAUAUGACCCGCACAUCUUUCGAUAUGGAUCCGUUUGUUGUUGCAUCACUUGGAAAGAAAACCUAUCGAACCCGUGUUAUCCGGCACAACCUUAAUCCCGUCUUCAACGAGAAGAUGAUCUUUCAAGUGUUGAGGCAUGAACAGACUUACUCUAUUUCCUUCACGUGCAUUGAUAGAGACAAGUUGUCAGGAAACGACUUUAUUGCUUCCACGGUCCUUCCGCUGAAAGAAAUAACCGAGACGGCACCCGAGGCAAACCCUGAGACUGGUCUAUAUGCGUUGAAGGAUCCCCCAGAAACCGUGGUGCCCGAGAAACAAAACAGAUCCAGAUUCAAGCUACCUUUGUCACGAUCAGCAUCAUCAGCGAGUUUAAACAAAACUCCUGGCCGGCCACCUCUAAAGACCUCCCGCUCAACCUCAAACGUACCUUCUAGUGGCAGCAACUCAGGAGCGUCUACGCCCAUACCAGGCCUAGCGCCCACAUCGGUCCCUGCUGGACUCCAACCAGGCGAUAAUGUUCCAGCUCCUAAUGCCGUUGACGAUGAUGACGGUGUUAAUGGCCGCGGUGACCCUGACUUGCACCCUUUCACUGUCCCAAUGAAGCUGAAGAACGCCGAGAAAUGGGAGGAGAAGCACAAUCCUGUCCUGAGUAUCAAGGCGAAAUACGUACCGUACCCAGCCCUCCGUCAGCAAUUUUGGCGAUCGAUGCUCAGACAAUAUGAUACCGAUGAGAGUGGUUACAUUAGUAAAGUUGAAUUGACUACCAUGCUUGACACGCUGGGAUCUACCUUGAGAGAGUCUACAAUUGAUGGGUUCUUCAAGAGAUUCCAAAAAGACAGCCCAAGUGAAGAAAAUGGCAAUGGCGAUUUGAGCUUUGACGAGGCAGUUAUAUGUUUGGAAGAUGAGCUUCUCGGGAAGACAAAACGCCAGACAGUGAGCGAAAAACUUCGAAGUCACAUUCCUCAUCAGCUCGGAGGUACAGCUUCACCACUUCAACUCCCUGCUCUAUCUAUCUCCGGCACAAAUGAGAAUUAUAAAUCGACUGGUGUGGACACACCUCCCGCUAUCCAGUCCUCGGGCGUUGAAACACAAACUGUUGCUGAACUCAAUACACCUGGUGAGGAAGGUGAGCUCUUGGAUCGUGAUGACCUCAACGAUAAGGGCGAGGAGCACGUUGUUGAAAUUCGGGAGUGCCCAAUUUGCCAUCAACCUCGACUCAACAAGCGCUCUGAUGCAGACAUUAUCACUCACAUUGCCACCUGUGCAAGCCAAGAUUGGCGUCAAGUCAAUAACCUUGUCAUGGCUGGCUUUGUUACAUCUAGUCAAGCUCAACGCAAGUGGUAUUCGAAAGUCAUAACCAAAAUAUCGUAUGGAGGCUACAAACUCGGUGCCAAUUCUGCCAACAUUCUUGUUCAAGAUCGUAUCACUGGUCAAAUCAAUGAGGAGCGUAUGAGUGUGUACGUGAGAUUAGGAAUCCGGCUGCUAUAUAAAGGACUAAAAUCUAAAGAUAUGGAGAAGAAACGAAGUAUGUAUUUUGGAAAUCUAUACGGAAUUAGACAUGGUCCCUGCAAAACUAUUGCUAACACGAUACCAGUUCGCAAACUUCUGAAGGGCCUCAGUAUUAAGCAGGGUGUCAAGUAUGAUGACCCAGCUUCUGCUGCGGAAAUCGAGAAGUUCCUCGCCUUCCAUCAACUCGACAUGAGCGAAGUUCUCCUUCCAUUGGAUCAGUUUAAGAGUUUCAAUGAGUUCUUCUAUCGCGCAUUGAAGCCUGACGCAAGACCUUGCUCCGCACCUGAUAAUCCCAGAAUCAUCGUGUCCCCUGCUGAUUGCAGAUCGGUUGUGUUCAACAGAAUGGACGAGGCAACAAAGAUUUGGGUCAAGGGUAGAGAGUUUUCGAUUGAGCGGUUGCUUGGAAAUGCCUAUCCCGAAGAUGCGAAGCGAUAUACCAAUGGCGCCCUCGGUAUUUUCCGCCUCGCUCCACAAGAUUAUCAUCGUUUCCAUAUUCCAGUGGAUGGGGUCAUGGGCGUACCAAAGGUUAUCGAAGGAGAAUACUACACAGUCAACCCAAUGGCCAUCCGUUCCGCGCUGGAUGUUUAUGGCGAGAAUGUACGGGUCGUGAUCCCAAUCGAUUCAGUCGCACACGGUCGAGUCAUGGUUAUUUGCGUCGGUGCCAUGAUGGUCGGUAGUACUGUUAUUACUCGCACCGCUGGUGAAAAUGUCAAGAGAGCUGAAGAGCUUGGAUACUUCAAAUUCGGUGGCAGCACAAUUUUGGUCUUGUUUGAGGAGGGCGCCAUGAAGUUUGACGAUGACUUGGUUGACAACUCAAAUACCGCUUUAGAAUCUCUGGUAAGUACUUUCGCUCGACUAAAUUGUCUUCGUACAUGCUAACGUUAAUAUAGAUUCGUGUUGGUAUGUCUAUCGGCCAUCACCCAACACAAGGUCAAUUCACACCCGAUAUGCGAAAGAAUGAGGAAGACAUCUCUGAAUCUGAGCGAGCCGAGGCGACACGUCGUAUUCAAGGUAGCAUCAUUGAGCCUCCUCAAGGCGGUGUUCCUGGCAUAACCGCGCCAACGGCGAACUUGGCCGGAUAGAUUCAAGAGAUGAGUCAGAAAGUGUUUUAUGGGGUGAGGGGAUGCAUAGACAUUCAACAUGAAGUGCUCUAGUUGGAUGGGAAAAUCUCAUGUGAUGUGUGUACUUUUUUUGUAAGAGAUAAAAAGGCCGGCCUUGAGGUCGCGGUUGGGGGUUGGCUUUGUUUGAGUUUGGAUUUGUGAGUUGGGAGGGCGGGAGUUUUUUUCACUACACUUCAACUUCUUUCAGUGAUACUGGAUGUAAGUGAGUGAUGGAUACAAGAGUCUUGGGGAUGGAGAGGAAUAACCCUGUACUGGGCAGAAAAAUAUGCACAGAUGAGUUACAGAUAAUAAAUACCUUUUGAGGGAGUAAGUACGUAGGUACCACAUCAAAUGGAAUAGCAU